UGGAAUGCUUUGACCGGUAGACACGAUGACUUCUCAAAACCGAGCUACUGAGCGUCUGAGCCCGUGAUUCCACAUGCCGCAUCCUCCCAAGACACAAACUGCAUCAUGUCUAACUUCAACUCCCUGUUUCUCGUCUUGAUUCUCACCGUCACACUGCUACCAAUAGCUUUAUCAGAACCAGAAGAUGCUAUUCAAGCUUUGGUUCAACGAUUGGACUCAAAGCGGCCAUCUCCUUCGGUUCAAGAAGCUGCGGCUAAAGCUGUUCUCGAGAGAUUGCUUCCGGGCUAUGCGUCUAGCUUCGAGUUCAAGAUUGUCUCCAAUGAUGUUUGCGGUGGACAAAGUUGCUUUUUGAUAAGCAAUCACAACCCCUUAAGCAAGAAUGGGCCAGAGAUACUGAUUAAAGGAACCACAGCAGUUGAAAUUGCAUCUGGCCUCUACUGGUACUUAAAGUAUUGGUGUGGUGCUCAUGUUUCAUGGGACAGGACUGGUGGCAUUCAGAUAGCUUCCAUCCCCAAGCCAGGAUCACUGCCUCUUAUAAAAGAUGAGGGAGUGCUAAUUCAGCGACCUGUCCCAUGGAACUAUUACCAAAACGUUGUUGCAUCUAGUUAUUCCUAUGUUUGGUGGGAUUGGAAAAGAUGGGAGAAAGAGAUAGAUUGGAUGGCUCUUCAUGGUGUUAACCUACCUUUAGCAUUCACAGGCCAAGAAGCCAUUUGGCAGAAAGUUUUCAUGGAUUUUAAUAUUAGCAAGGAGGAUUUGAACGGUUUCUUUGGUGGACCUGCUUUCCUUGCUUGGGCUCGUAUGGGAAAUUUACAUGGGUGGGGUGGGCCUUUAUCUCAAAAUUGGUUGGAUCAACAAUUAGCUCUACAGAAACUGGUACUAUCUCGCAUGCUUGAACUAGGCAUGACUCCAGUGCUGCCAUCAUUCUCAGGGAACGUUCCAGCUGCUUUGAAGAAGAUAUUUCCUUCAGCAAACAUAACAAGACUGGGGAACUGGAACUCUGUUGACGCUGAUCCACGUUGGUGCUGUACUUACCUUCUUGAUUCAUCUGAUCCUUUAUUUGUUGAAAUUGGGGAGGCUUUUAUUAGGCAACAAGUUGAAGAAUAUGGGGAUGUGACAGACAUCUACAACUGUGAUACAUUCAAUGAGAAUACCCCACCUACAAAUGAUCCAACUUAUAUCUCGUUGCUUGGAGCUUCUGUCUACAAAGCAAUGUCCAAAGGUAACAGAGAUGCUGUGUGGUUAAUGCAGGGUUGGCUCUUCUAUACAGACUCUGCUUUUUGGAAGCCACCUCAAAUGAAGGCACUUUUACAUUCUGUUCCAUAUGGAAAAAUGAUAGUUCUUGAUCUAUUUGCCGAUGUCAAACCAAUAUGGGAAUAUUCAUCUCAAUUUUAUGGUACUCCUUAUGUCUGGUGUAUGUUGCAUAACUUUGGUGGAAAUAUUGAAAUGUAUGGCAUCUUGGAUGCGAUCUCCUCAGGUCCAGUUGAUGCCCACAACAGUAAAAAUUCAACCAUGGUUGGCGUUGGCAUGUGCAUGGAAGGAAUAGAGCACAAUCCAGUGGUUUAUGAGUUGAUGUCUGAAAUGGCAUUUCGCAGUGAAAAAGUUCAAGUUCGGGACUGGUUGAAGUCCUAUUCCUACAGACGCUAUGGUAAAGCUGUUCAUCAAGUUGAGGCAGCCUGGGAAAUUCUUUAUGGCACAAUUUAUAAUUGUACAGAUGGAAUAGCAGAUCAUAACAGAGAUUUCAUAGUCAAAUUUCCUGAUUGGGAUCCAUCAAAUGCAAGCGCUGCUUUGCCUGAGGCACAUUUGUGGUAUUCUACUGAGAAGGUGAUCAACGCCUUACGCCUAUUCCUUAAUGCCGGAAAUAAUCUUGCUGGAAGCAUUACAUAUAGGUAUGAUUUGGUGGACUUAACACGGCAAGUACUAUCAAAGCUAGCAAACCAAGUAUAUUUGGAUGCUGUAGCUUCUUUUCAACAGAAGGAUGCAAAAGCUUUAAGUCUUCAUAUUCAAAAAUUUGUUCAGCUCAUAAAGGAUAUUGAUGUACUUCUUGCUUCUGAUGAUAAUUUUUUACUUGGAACCUGGCUUGAAAGUGCAAACAAGCUGGCAAAGAAUAGUCAGGAGUUGAGGCAGUACGAGUGGAAUGCCAGAACUCAAGUCACAAUGUGGUUUGAUAGCACAAAAACCAAGCAGAGCAGCCUUCACGAUUAUGCGAACAAGUUCUGGAGUGGGCUACUCGAAGGCUACUAUCUACCACGAGCUUCAACCUAUUUUCAUUAUUUGACAAAAAGCUUGCAAGAAAAUGAAAACUUCAGGUUGGAGGACUGGAGAGAAGAAUGGAUUUUGUUUUCGAACAAAUGGCAAGCAGGCAUAGAACGUUACCCGGUGAAGGCCAAAGGAGAUGCACUUGUUAUUUCUAAAACCUUGUAUGAGAAGUAUUUUGGCCAGAAGAAUUGGAACAAGAAUGUAUAUCGUUUAGAAACAAGCAGUAAGCAGGUUCUGCACUUUACCCGGUGAUGAUCCAAGGAAAUUGCACGUACCGUUUUAUAAAGCCUUGUAUGAAAAUUAAUUAUUUCAAUCAUAGAUAUAUAUAUAUAUAAAGGGUGUUGUAAAAUAAUCAGACACGAGACAUGUUCUAGAUUUUCAUUAUUCGGCAAUAAUCUUGCUCUGAACACUUAAAUGGUCAUGAUUUGUUGUAUAAUCUCGAAUGUAAUGGAAAAAUCUCCACAGUUGCAACAGUAA